CUUUAAUAAAUACACCAUGAAAAUAGUAGCAUACAGGCUAUCUUACAACCUAGAAGCGGGCAUGAACUCAGUCUUGUUAUUAUACACCCAGAGGGUGCAUUUAUACUUGGCAGGGAUAUCUAAGUUUGGGUUAAAUCUUCUGUUUUUUAAUUUCAUUUAUACCUUCUUAUCGGGUUCAUCUUUGCAACAAAAUCUUACUUUAACUGUUAUCAUCAAAAGGAAGAAAUGUCUUCAAAUAAAUGCAAAUUUUAUAGCAAAUUUCUGACUUCUGGAGGAUGUAAUUUGUCAAGCGUACAAUAUACUGGAUGCAGUUGGGAAGAUAAGAUUUAAUUUUCAAUAAAAUCUGGCUUGAUAGUUGAGAUAACACUCCUGGAAUUGAGAAUCUUUCCUUCUUUGAAUUAUCUUAUCCAUGAUUUCAUUAUGAAUAAUAUCCUUCAUUUAAUGAACUUAUCAGAGUCUUUGUAAAAGCAAUGUAUUAAAAUGCCUCCUUGAUGGAUAUCUUUUCACUUUUAGUAUUCUCAAACUUCAACAUAACCUUCACAGAAUUAUGAGGUGAAGAACCUGAAACCAGAGUUUAAAUCUCUUCUAACACAGAGGAUUCUUUACAUUAUUCAAAUAUAUACAACAUUUGUUCUAGGAGUUAAGCAUUUGAGGCAGACCAUUAUUAUAUUUUGUUUGAAUCAGAGAAUUUCUUUUGUAAUUGCUAUAAAUUUUUGAGG